AUUUACAACGAAUCUAAUUAAAAAUAAGAAAGAAGGAAAGAAAAGCAAAUCAAAAAACGAGGUGUGAAAAUAUUUCCAUUAAAGAGAGUGCACAAUAAUUUAAUGAAGAUAAUAAAAUAUUUAUGGCUCGAAUGAAGAGAAAAAGUGCAAACAAAAUAAAAUAAAAUCAAUUAUCAUCGACUUGUUGACUUGACUUCUGUUUUUCAGUGUAUAAAAACAACAACAACAAGUUAAAAGUGUGCAAAAAAAAUUAAAUAUUUACGCGAAAGGAAUUAUGUCAUAUAUAAAAUGGAUUACAAUCAUAUCGUUAGCAAAAUCGUAAAACAAGUGAUUUUAAAAUGAAUAAUUCGCCGAAAUUACGGUACGCUGACACGUCGUACCUCAUCUAUCAGCAAUGGCGAAAAGGGGGUCCCGUUAAAACGUUUCCCCUUCUCACGAAAUACUACGUCGACGAGAACGGCGUCAACAUUCGCAACAACUUGAACCAGAAAAAAUCAAAAGAUAAGAGACUCUCGAAGCAGCUAAAUGGCAAACCUGUCUUCAAAAUAAAAGAUGGUCGAGGCAAAGACAAGACCGUGAAGAAUGGCAACGUCAAAGGACGCAAUUACAAGAAGCGACGCAGUCGAAAAGGGACUUCGAGUGAAGAGGAUGAAAAUACGAAAGAAAACAAAGACGCCAAAGAAGAAAUUCUUCCUCCGCCCCCGCCGACCCCCCCUCAAGAUCCAUCAACUCCCGUAGAAAAUGUCAACGAAAUCCAAGAAUAUCAAUCUAUCUCUAUUCCAAAUCCGCCUCCGCCGCAGUUACCACAGGAAUUCUCAACCUUCAAAUCCCCCCCGACAUCCCCCCUCGUCGCCAAAAUCGACGAAGUUGAUCAAUUCGAUACGCAACUUCACAUCGACGAACCACGAAACACGAUCUCCAGCGUAGAUGAAGUCACUGAAAUCGAAGUGAGUGCCGACAUUCAUCGCUCGAAUAGCGAAUCGGAGGAAGAUACUGUGAUAGAAGCGAAUAACAACAACAUCAAGCUCGAUAAGAAACUUUCAGCUGAUCGUCAGCUACAACCUGACAUGGAACUCAUAAUACAAGAAAUUGGCGAUUUGGAUCCCAAACCACUCUUUGGGGCGUCAAUGAGUGUUCCAAUAAGGCGAAAGCAAUACGAAUAUCCUGUCGACAUCGAUUCGUUAUCAUCAGUGUCGGAUUUGGAAGACGCUGAAACACUAAUUCGACAACUGCAGUACGGCGUUGAACAAGUGAAAAACAGCUACAACGAUGAAGAACAGCAAGUCAUACCAAAAUCACGAUCUUUUCCGGUUUCGUCGUCGGCAUCACGCAACAAAACAGCAACAAACGGGACGUCGAAUGCGCUGCGUUUGCAUUACAUAACCGAACGGAUAUUGGCCUCAGUUCUGCCCGGCAGAACUCAUGCAGAGGUCGUUCAACGAAAGCAAAAUGGAAAUUGCAGCACGACGGGCGACGAAUAUGAGGAUGAGUAUGAGCGCGAGUUGAUUAUGAUGUUGGAGCAAAAACACGGGAAAAAUUAUCGAGUUUUCGAUUUGGAAUCCUGCUUGGCGGUUAUAACGCUUGAAAAGUUGUGCGAGUUGUGCAAACAUAUUGAUUCGUGGCUCGGAAGUGCACGCGAACGAGUUGUUGUGCUGCAAGAUAGGGGAGACCGUCAACGCCUCGGAUCGGCAAUUGCUGCCUAUCUAGAAUAUCAACGGAUUUGCGGCACAAAUUCAUCAAGAGCUUCAAAUCGCAGUUUGUCGCCGGAAGACACCCGAAUGCAAAAUCAAAUUGUCAAAAACUGGCUCGAUCUCGAUAUUUUCUCGAUGCGAAAGUUCUUGGAAGAGCUCGUGGGUCCCUUGCACGUUCCUUCGUACAAACGGUACAUCGCCUACUUUGCCGGGCUGCUGUCGGGCGAAAUUAAGAUGAAUUCAGCUGCAUUGCAUUUAAAUUAUGUGAUAUUAGAGUCGCCGCCCUGCCUGCACCAAAAGUCAAUCAUAACGGCAGACAACGAAUGGAAGAGUUUCAUCAAAAUUUACGAAGGGAAACGAUGUGUUUUCAUAUCAGAUGUUUACAUAAUUCCGAUAACAACGAAGCAGUUCAUUUAUGAAAUUAAGCAUCCGCUGCGAUUACGAGGCGAUAUUAUCGUGCGAAUGUUCCAGUUGAUACCGAAUGCGCGUUAUACGGAUCGGGAACUUAUCUCGUCCGUGCAAUUCCAUACGUGUGCCAUAACAAAUACCGAAGUGUUAUUUAACAAAUUUGAUUUGGAUUAUGCUUAUGAAGACGAGCGUUUUCCAAAUGAUCACAAAAUUACGCUUAUUUUCAUAAAUACCGCGAAUAAUGAACAUCAGCGCCCCCAAGUUGUCUUUCAGAAUCCUCUGGUAAGGGUAGAGCCCCUCAGUAAUUGCAGUAGUCUUGAUAACCUCAGUGAAGCUUCUUCGGUGCAUACCCAUGGACCUGUAGAUGGCUCACUUUACGCUACAAUCCUAAAAUCCCCGAAAUCGUUACAAACCUCUCCCGUAAAACCUCUGCGAACUUCAACGCAAAGCUUAAUUUCGCCUCCUGCAGAAUUCAGUGGAAAAUUUGACACUCCAGAUUCCGCCAAAUUCCAUACUUUGAGUACGAGUACGCCUCAAGUUCAUGGUCAUUAUGAGGAUAUCAAAGUAAUCCAAUCCGAGAGAACAAGUGCUCGAAAUACUCCGACGCCGAGUGUCGUAUCCUACAGUAGUCGACACAGUAUCCAAAGAGCCUCGAACGGAUACAAUGGCGAGCAAAAUGGAUAUGCGACAGUUGUUCAGAACCAACCUCAAGGACAACCAGAAACGCAACAGCAAAGAGAAUUCGUUCGAAGUCCCUUGACACUGUCGAUGGAUUCGGGAAUCUCAAGUAGCGGAGUUGUGAAUCGCGGAGGUCGGGGAGUUCAAGGAGGAGCAAAUAGUGUGUCGCCUGUUAGUUUUCCGAGUCAAGCGAGUCCUCAAGAAGACAGACAUCGCGAAUUAGAUGACUUGUUGUCUGAUAUGCUAAUGACAGUUCAAGAUAUUCCCGAUAUCGAGACAACGCAAGCCAGAGCAAAAAACAACAAGGGAAUCGCUCCGAUACCGACCGCAGCUUCGUCAUCUACGAGUUCCGUAACGACUGUGGUAACGCAAAAGUCUACAACGUCCGCAUCAGGCGCACAGCAGCAGCGUGAAUUGUACGAGAACUCGAGCACGACAACUCUCACGCCGCCACCCAGUGAGAACGGGCGCGAAACUCCCGUCAAUCGAAGAGACAAGAGAGACUUGGAGCAGCAAGAACGCGACUUGAUCAUGAGUUUGAGUGGCGUUGAAAAUGAACUGCGCGUGAAUGAACACGGCAGUAACUCAAAUAACGCAGCAGCGGCAGCAGCAUCGUCGGGUGAUUCACUGCUCAAAAUGAAUUUGCAACAUCACUCGUAUUUGUAUCCUCAACAAGCGCGCAUCGAAACAUUGUCGAUCUCCGAUACAGACGACGACCAACAAAGUAACAUACCGUAUCACGCCAGAGAAGAUUCGCGUCCCUUUACUUACGGCAAUAUUCCGCCCGCUAAUUCCGGUCGAACGACGCCCGCCCUUUCGCAGCAAGGCACCAUGCUAAAGACACAAAGUGGUCUCUCGAGCCCCUCGAUGGUGCGCAAAGUCAUAAUUGCUGACAAAAAAUCGCAGCAGCAAAAACCGCGCAACGAAUUCGAAGACAUGCUCAUGGAACGCCGCGAAAAAAUUAUGAGUGAAAAAUAUUCGAUUGGCGAUAAAACGCCAAAUGGUACGGCGACAAAUGGCACAACAAAUGGAUACGACAGCAAAUGGUAUCACACAACAACAACAACGAAUACGCAACAAAGUAACGGAUAUCCUUACGACUUACUUAAGCGCUCGAACACGCUCGAUGGAAGCAGUUUUAGACAUCGCAACAACGACACCAUUGAUGGUGUUUCUGGACAGACAUGGUUACAAUUGCAACAACAAAAGUUACGAGCGAAACGAGAAGCACAAGGUCGCGAUUUUACAGACAAUUUCAGUCGCAGUUAUGGCAGUCCAACGUCAUUCAAUGACACGAUCCAUCAUUCAUCUCGUCGCAGUCAAACCUUGUCUCCCGUUCGGAACGAAAAAUACCAUACAAUAUCGAAAACCAACUCAUACAGCACCAAUGAACGACCAUUUGUGUCGGUGAAGCGCGCUCACGAAAACGCUCGUCACGGAUUCAAUUCUGCACCCCAAUCACCAUUAACUGUCUUGAAUGCUUCGCCGCACGGGCAAAUUACGCAUGUCGUUGCGUCGAAUCACGGAACGACGGAAAUUAAGAAACCCACGCCGAAAAAAGUGACAAUUCCGCACUUUGAUGGCUUGAGCGACCUCGAAGAUCAGAUAAUCAAGUCGCCACGCAGCCCUUCACGCAACGGAUUUGACACCACAAACGGUAGUUCGGCUCGAGAAGAAUCAUUUUCUUCGUCUUACCGAUCCGAUAUCGACAACGAAAUGUCACCGAGACCUGAGACUCCAGCGUUUCCUGUGACUCCUCGUACCCCGAAUGGCUUUGGAAGCAGCCCAGCACUUCCUCCCAAGAGUCCGACAUCACAACGCAAGGACCCAUAUGGUCGUGUUGGAAGCAAUGCAGCUGCUGAAUCGUACAGUCACAAUGAAAUUGUAUCCAAUUACACGUCGCGUCGUAAUUCGGUAACUUCAAAUGCGAACAGCGAGCCUCAAGAAGUUGCAGCUCAUCAUGUCAAAUUUGUUCGUGACUCUUCCAAAUAUUGGUACAAACCAAAUAUCUCCCGUGAUGAAGCAGUAAAUUUGUUGAGAAAUGCCCAUCCAGGCACGUUCAUCGUUCGUGACUCGACAACGUUUGCCAAUGCUUUUGGUUUAGUGCUAAAGGUUGCUUAUCCGCCUCCCGGUGUCCAACAAAAAGGUCCUCCAGGCGAUGAACUCGUUCGUCAUUUCUUGGUUGAACCAACAUUACGCGGUGUUCGAUUGAAGGGAUGCUCCAAUGAGCCCGUUUUCAGCUCGUUAUCUGCUCUUGUUUACCAACACUCGAUCACACCAUUGGCGUUACCGUGUCGACUUAUUAUCCCUGAUCGGGAUAUUUCAAAUGUAACUGAUUACACGUCGCCUGCCCAACAACAAUUGCUCUGCCAAGGUGCUGCCUGUAACGUUCUUUAUUUGAUUUCUGUUGACACGGAAUCAUUGACAGGACCCCAAGCAGUUCGUAAAGCUGUUUCAGUUUUGUUCGCACAACGUCCCUUGCCGACACCAACUCAAGUGCACUUCAAAGUAUCACAACAAGGAAUCACUCUUACCGAUAAUACUCGUAGAUUGUUCUUCAGGAAAAAUUAUCCGGCGCACACGAUUUCUCAUUGCGGUCUUGAUCCUGACGAGCAUAGAUGGAGUGUUCAAGCUUUGCACAGUGAUAUUCCAGUUACCAAUCAUCGCAUUUAUGCAUUUGUCGCAAAACGCUCAUCCACGAGCCAAGACAACCAAUGCCACGUUUUCUGCGAACUGGAGCCCAAUCAACCUGCAUCCGCAAUUGUUUCGUUUGCCAACAAGAUCAUUACUGCAACAUGCGAACAACAUACAUUACCGAAGAAUAUCUAAACGGAAGAAAAAAUUCAAUUAAAAAAUGGGCAUUAAUUAAGAAAAAAGACCUUGGGUCUCUAAAAAAAGUUUGAAAUUUAACACAAGAAAAACCGUACUAACCUUGAAAAAAAAUUAAAAGAUGAUGAUGAUGAUAAAAAAUGAUAAGAAAUAAUUCGUGGAAAAUUACAAAAAUUUUUUUUUAACAUUUCACUACCAAAACCUUUUAGAAAAAAAAAAACCUAAAAUAUAUAU